UCACUCUCUUUUUAUAUAACAAAACAAAAAGCAAAAACAAAUACAAUCCAACGCAGCAGCCUCCAUUCUCUUCUUCUCAACCAAAAAAAAAAAAAAAAACCUCUUUCAAAAAACAACACUCUCAACAUCCAAAAAUUGCCGAUAUUUUCCGAUCGCCGAUUUUCUAACCGCUUCUCCAUUUCUUUUGUUGUUUCGCCUUAAACCGUUCAAAGAGCUCGCUCGCCUUUUUUUUUGGAAUUUUGAUCAAAUUAAAGGCUUUGAGAAAAUUCGAGAGCGGCUUGAAUUUGUUUCAGGUUUGUGGACAGCUGAGCCAAAAGUUUCUGUUGGGAAGUGUUGUUCUGCAUGAUUAAGUAGAAAGGACUCUCUCACUUGUCAUUAAUGGCAUCAAGAUCAUGUUCAAACUUUUUUGAUUUGGCUUCUGGAGGCCUAUUGGAUAUUCCUCAUACCCCCAGAGUUCUUCCACGGGUAAUGACUGUUCCAGGAAUCAUCUCUGAUGUGGAUGGUUAUGGCAGUACUGAUGGGGAUUCAGAUGUGUGCCGUGAGAGGAAAAUCAUAGUAGCAAAUAUGCUACCUUUGCAUGCCAAAAGGGAUGCAGAAACUGGCAAAUGGUGCUUCAGUUUGGAUGAGGAUUCCCCUUAUUUACAAUUGAAGGAUGGCUUCUCUCCUGAAACAGAGGUACUCUAUGUGGGUUCUCUUAAGGUUGAAAUAGAUGCUACUGAACAAGAUGAAGUUGCACAAAAACUGCUGGAUGAUUUCAAGUGUGUGCCUACAUUUCUGCCCCAUGAACUUCAGAAGAAUUUUUACCUUUUGUUCUGUAAACAGACACUUUGGCCUCUUUUUCAUUAUAUGCUGCCCAUGUGCCCAGACCAUGGUGAUCGCUUUAACCGCUCGCUUUGGCAGGCCUAUGUUUCCGCAAACAAAAUAUUUGCUGACAAGGUUAUGGAAAUAAUUAAUCCUGAGGAUGAUUGUGUUUGGGUUCAUGAUUAUCACUUAAUGGUUUUACCAACAUUUUUGAGAAAGCGGUCCCCUCGUGUCAGGCUUGGAUUCUUUCUCCACAGCCCAUUUCCAUCAUCAGAGAUAUACCGAACUUUGCCAGUUCGGGAUGAAAUUUUGAGGGGACUGCUAAAUUGUGAUCUAAUUGGUUUCCAUACAUUUGAUUAUGCACGCCACUUCCUCUCAUGCUGCAGCAGAAUGUUAGGCCUGGACUAUGAAUCAAAGCGGGGACACAUUGGACUUGAUUACUAUGGCCGCACAGUUUAUAUUAAAAUUCUUCCUGUAGGCGUUCAUAUGGGACGGCUUGAAUCUGUGCUGAAUCUUGCUUCAACAUCUGCCAAAAUUAAAGAAAUUCAAGAACAAUUUAAGGGGAAAAAGGUGAUUCUUGGUGUUGAUGACAUGGAUAUAUUUAAAGGCAUCAGUCUGAAACUUCUUGCCUUAGAACAGCUAUUGGAGCACCAUACAGAGCUGCAGGGUAAGAUUGUUCUAGUUCAAAUAGUCAAUCCUGCUAGGGGCUCUGGGAAAGAUGUCCAGGAAGCAAAGAGAGAGACAUAUUUAAUCGCCCAAAGGAUCAAUGAGGUUUUUGGUUCACCUAAUUAUGAGCCGGUGAUUCUAAUCGACCGUCAUGUUCCACGUUUUGAGAAGUCUGCCUAUUAUGCUGUAGCAGAAUGUUGCAUAGUGAAUGCUGUGAGGGACGGUAUGAACUUGGUCCCUUACAAGUAUAUUGUUUGCAGACAAGGUACUCCAGAUAUGGAUAAAGCUAUGGGUAGAAAAUCAGAUUCUCCUCGAACAAGCGUGCUUGUUGUGUCUGAGUUCAUUGGCUGCUCACCUUCUUUAAGUGGAGCGAUCAGGGUUAACCCUUGGGACAUUGAUGCUGUGGCUGAUGCCUUGGAAUCAGCCAUCACCAUGCGCGAUUCUGAGAAGCAGUUGCGGCAUGAGAAACACUAUCGUUAUGUCAGUUCUCAUGAUGUAGCUUAUUGGGCUCGCAGCUUUAUGCAGGAUUUAGAGAGAGCAUGCAAGGAUCAUUACACUAAACGAUGCUGGGGGAUUGGCUUGGGUCUAAGAUUUAGAGUUGUUUCUCUUUCUCCGGGAUUUAGGAAGUUGUCUAUUGAACACAUCGUUUCAACAUAUAGAAGAACAAACAGAAGAGCAAUAUUUCUUGACUAUGAUGGUACUGUUGUUCCCCAAAACUCUAUUAUUAAAACCCCCAGCCCUGAAGUCAUCUCUGUUUUGAAUGUUCUGUGCAAUGAUCCCAAGAACACUGUAUUCAUUGUUAGCGGAAGGGGGUGGGAUUCUCUGAGUGAGUGGUUUGCUCCAUGUGAGAUGCUGGGAAUAGCAGCUGAACAUGGUUACUUCUUGAGGUGGAAUCGAUCAUCCAAGUGGGAAACCAGUCCAGUGGCUGCCGAUCUUGAUUGGAAAAAUAUUGUGGAACCUGUGAUGAGAUUAUAUACAGAGGCAACUGAUGGCUCGAACAUAGAGAUUAAAGAGAGUGCUUUGGUAUGGCACCAUCAAGAUGCAGACCCUGACUUUGGAUCUUGCCAAUCGAAGGAGUUGGUGGAUCAUCUGGAAAAUGUACUUGCUAAUGAACCAGCAGUUGUUAACAGGGGAAAUCUUAUUGUCGAAGUCAAGCCACAGGGAGUAAGCAAAGGGUUAGCUGCGGAAAAGGUUCUUUCAAGAAUGGUGCACAGUGGGAAUGCACCAGAUUUUGUGAUGUGCAUUGGAGAUGAUAGAUCCGAUGAAGAUAUGUUUGAGAGCAUAUUAAGCACGGUCUCUAGUCCAUCCUUGCCUGCAGCUCCAGAGAUCUUUGCUUGCACCGUUGGCCAAAAACCAAGCAAGGCUAAGUAUUAUCUCGAAGAUAAUACUGAAGUUGUGAAAUUACUUCAUGGGCUUGCUACUGCUUCAAGCCCAAAGCCGAGGAGUCUUCCCCAUAUUCAGGUUUCUUUUGAGAGUACCGUUUGAGUUAGAGCCGAGUGACUGGCAUGGAUAUUAGAGUUCCAUAUACUUGAACCAUUGUUUUGUUUAUAGGGAUUCUUUCCUGAGAAGCAAGGAAAAAAGUUUUGGCUAUUGCUCUUAAAACUUAAUCCGACGCAUGGUGGGACUUUGCCGAUGCGGUUCUCAUCCUUGCGAGCUCCUAAACUGGUUUGCUGGGUUAAAGUUGAAUCUUGGUGGGCUUGUCAAGGAUCACAUAGAACUUGCUAUACUUUUUCUCUGUAUCUGGUGUCAAAUCUUGUAUCUACGCCAGUUGCCCUCAGGAUUAUACUCAAGUUGUCUAUAAUGGCUUUUUGUUUUUGUUUUUGUUUUUUUUUAAAUAGGGCAUCAUUACCUUGUAUAGGCACACUGCUUUUGUCACAAUACAAAAUUUCAGUUUGAUCAGAGAUAUUUAUUGGUA